UCUGCACCAGUGAAACGUCAUCAACGUCAUUCAAUAAUAAUAAUAAAUAUGACACUUCUGGCAGUUCUGGCGUCUCUAAAAUCAAUGGCCGUAAAAAACCCGAUUGGGGAAUCUAAUGUUCAGCAGAAAAAGAAGAUGUAUUAAUUCGAUUUGUUGUAUUAAUGUGAUAAAAUCUUAAGAUGUUGAACGUUGCACUGCAAUGUUAUAACUAUCGUACAAAACAUUUCACAAGACAACUCUGUCGGUUAUUUAGCAUGGAAACAGUUAAGCUGAAAAACAAUUAUCAACUUCGUGAUGUAAUUGGACCUCCUGAUCCAGUUUCAAAUCUAAGACCUGUUCUAUUUGCCAGCCCCACAAAGGAAACAUAUUUAGAGAAGAGGUAUAAGGAGCUUAGGAAAGAGACACAACAAUGGAAUCAGAUAUUUUGGUCCAAACAUAAUACUAACUUUAUUAAGGAACGUAAACAAUUUCAACAGAUGUUAGAAGCACAAGGAAAGACAUUGACUGCAGAUAAUAUGUCAGUAUUUUAUAAACAAUUUUUAGAUAAAAAUUGGCAGUCUCAUUUCAAUUAUAACAUUAUGUGGUAUAAAAGAAAUAUAAAAAUUUUAUUUUUUGGAAUAGCAGUCAAAAUAUCUAAACUUAAAAUUAAAUAAAUUUGA